AGUCAACCCGCAUAGAAUCAUUCAUCCCUUGAUUUUUCAGAGUCUCCAGCAUUUUCGACCAGUUUGUGCUUGUGAAUUUUGUCUCACUUCGGUUAAGUUGAGACGAUGAGCUGGAAUUGCCCUAUUCACGGUGGCGGAGGUGGCGGUGGCCAGGGCCAGAGGCCCAUGUGUCCAUUGCAUGGUGCUGGUGGGUACGGUGGCUAUCAGCAGCAAGGAAAUCCUUACGGGGGAUUCGGCGGACAGCAGAGUUACGGAAGUACUUACGGAAACGGUUAUGGAGGCAACAACUUUGGCGGCGGCGGAUAUGGAGGUGGAGGUUAUAGUGGCGGAGGCGCCGGCGGAUACGGUGGGGGUUUCAAUAGCGGAUACGGCGGUGGAGGUGGAUACAGCGGAGGAGGCGGCGGUUACAGCAGCGGCGGAGGAGGCGGUCGAGGUGGCUGA